UCCCCCCACCCCAUGCUUAGAAUGGCCAAUGGAAAGGGAGAAGGUGAAGAAAGCCGCAGAUCACUGUCGUCAGAUCUUAAAUUAUGUAAAUCAGGCUGUCAAGGAGGCAGAAAACAAACAGCGUUUAGAAGACUAUCAGCGUCGUCUGGAUACCUCCAAUCUGAAGUUGUCAGAGUACCCAAACGUGGAAGAGCUCAGGAAUUUGGAUUUAACAAAAAGGAAGAUGAUCCACGAAGGGCCAUUGGUCUGGAAGGUGAAUCGAGAUAAAACUAUUGAUCUAUACACAUUGCUGCUCGAAGACAUUCUUGUAUUGUUACAAAAGCAGGAUGACAGACUGGUGUUAAGAUGUCAUAGUAAGAUUCUGGCGUCUACCGCUGAUAGCAAACACACAUUUAGCCCUGUCAUUAAGUUGAAUACAGUGUUGGUUCGACAAGUGGCAACAGAUAACAAAGCUUUAUUUGUCAUCUCCAUGUCAGACAAUGGAGCCCAAAUUUAUGAACUGGUGGCACAGACUGUUUCCGAAAAGACCGUCUGGCAAGACCUCAUCUGUCGGAUGGCUGCAUCCGUGAAGGAACAGUCUGCAAAGCCAAUCCCAUUGCCACAGUCACCACCUUGCGAAGGAGACAACGAUGAAGAAGCAGCUCCCAAGUUAAAAGUGGAACAUCACAGCAUUUCGGUCCCUGGUCUACAGAGUCCAGACAGAGAUUUGGGAUUAGAGUCUCCCUUAAUAUCGUCAAAACCUCAGUCUCAUUCACUCGGUACCUCUGGGAAAUCCGAGGUAGAUGAUCUGUUUGUGGCUGAGAGACAGUUUGCUAAGGAGCAGCAUGCAGAUGGGACUCUGCAGGAAGCUGGAGCAAGUUAUCAGAUCACAACCCCAGACCCACACUUGCCUGCCUCAGAAGAACGGUGGGCAUUGGAUGCACUAAGGAAUUGUAAGUCUUACUCAUAAGUUAACCCAGAUCCUUGCCAAGUACCAGGGUUGUGUCGUGUACUGUGCAGCCGCUUAGGGAGAACCCAAGGAAGUGGGAACUCUGACCUCUCCCUUAAAGAAUUUUACCAUCUAGUUGGGAAGAUGAUAGAAAACCUCCCCCUUUUUAAAGUAACCAGUACAGGUAUAUGUCAGAAUUGAUCUGGUUGGGGUGACCUCUGGAGAGGGAAUCGUCAGGAGACAAGAGGGAGGUGAUUAUUGCCUUGAAGAAUGGGUAAGACUCAGACAGGUAUGUAGAGAAUAUGCAGGUAAGAAGAAUGGUAGGACCCGAAGUGCAGAGGCAGGAGGCCCCAAGGGUGCUCCGAGAGCCGCGAGCAGACCACGUUAGUGCAAGGUGUGGGAGAGAAGUUUGGAAAGGUAGGAGACGGGAUGCUGAGGCCAGCCGCUGGGAACCCUGAAUACCACAUUGAGUCCUCUGGAUUUUAAGGAUGGCACAGCACACAGGGCACCUGGGUGGCUCAG